AUGUACACCUUAGUGGUGUGUGAUGAGAACAGCAGCGUCUAUGCCAACGAGGUGUUCCGGCUGCUGCUCGCCACCGGCCACUGGAAGCGGCUGCGGCGGGGCAACCCCAGGUUCAACCUGAUGCUGGGAGAAAGGAACCGGCUGCCCUUCGGGAGACUGGAUCGUGAGCCUGGGGUGAUACAGUUGAUGAAUUAUUACAGAGGGGCUGACAAACUGUGUCACAAAGCAUCUUUAGUGAAGCUCAUCAAAACUAGCCCAGAACAGGCUGAGUCCUGCACAUGGUUCCCUGAAUCCUACCUGAUUUAUCCAACCAACCUCAGGACCCCAGUUGCUCCAGCUCAGAGUGGAAUCCAUUCACCGCUCCAUAGUUCACGCACAGACAACAGAGAAUUUUUCCUGACUUCAUAUAACAGAAAGAAAGAGGAGGGAGAGGGUAAUGCUUGGAUCACAAAGUUAUUCGCCAGAGCCAAAGGUGAAGGCAUCCUCAUCUCCUUAGCGGCUACAGAACUGUUGGAUUUCAUAGACAAUCAAGGCCAGGUGCACAUGAUCCAGAAAUACAUGGAGUUCCUGGAUCUGUUCCUAGAGCCUGGUCAUUGCAAGUUAGACAUACGAAGCUGUGUCUUGGUGGACCAUCAGUUUAAUAUCUACCUCUAUAGAGAGGGUGUUCUGCAGACUGCUUCAGAACUGUAUUAG